AUGGCCAGCGUCCAAGCCGGAGCGGAGAGACGGCGAGGCGAUGCCGAGGCCCCGGACGGAGGCUGGGGUUGGGUUCUGGUCGGGGCCCUGUUCGUCAGCACCGGCCUGGUGUUCGGACUAAUGCGUGGCUUGGGUAUCUUUUUUGUGGAGUUUGUGCAGUACUUUGAGGAGAGCGCUCAAGCUAUCUCGUGGAUCUCCUCCACCGGCCUGGCGGCGCAGCAGUUCUUCAGCCCCCUGGGUGCAGCCUUGUCUAAUGCGUAUGGCGCACGGCCGGUGGUGAUGGCGGGAGGCUUCCUAGCGGGAGUUGGUUUCGUCCUGGCCUCGCGGGCCACUUGUCUGCUUCACCUCUACCUCAGCAUGGGACUCAUUUCAGGAUUAGGUUGGGGACUGGUCUUCACGCCCAUGGUAGCCACGGUUAUGGCAAGCUUCACCCGGCGGCGCACCUUCGCCUUGGGGCUGGCGUUCUCCGGGAUCGGCGUGGCUUCCUUUACGUUCAACCCCCUCUUUCAGUUCUUAGUGGAGACCUACGCCUGGCGCGGGGCCCUGCUUAUCCUGGGCAGCCUCAGCCUCAACAUCGUACCGUGCGGGGCACUCAUUCGGUCACGGCGUCGACCUAAGGUCCAGGCAAAGGUGGAGGCAGAGAGCGGGCGGUCAUGCGGCGGCGCGAUUCAGCGGGUGGCCUCCUACUUGGAGCUGUCGCUGCUUUGCGAGCGGCCUUAUCUCACCUAUACAUUGGCCAUCACGCUACUCAACGUGGGCUAUUUUGUGCCAUAUGUCCACCUGGUGGCCCACAGCCGGCACGUCGGCUUCUCCGAGUACCAGGCCGCCUUUGUCACCUCCGCCGCCGGAGUCACUGACAUCUUAGGCCGCCUGGUUUCAGGCUGGUUUUCGGACCUAGGACACUUUAGGCUCAUCCACCUGCUAAGCGCUUGGACGACGCUCGCCGGGCUGUUCAUUGCUCUGCUGCCAGUCAGUACCCUGUGGGGCUCCUACGCCGGCCUGGUGGCCGUAAGUCUCCUCUAUGGGUUCUGCUCUGGGGCGCUGACCUCCCUGGCAUUCACGGUGGUGCCAACGGUGACCGGCCCCGAGCGCGUGAUGGGGGCGCUCGGACUGCUGCAGCUUAUCGAGAGCUGGGCAGGAUUGCUGGGAACGCCCCUGUCAGGGUUGCUCCGGGACGUCACGGGCGACUACACGGCCUCCUUCAUGGUAUCUGGUUCCUUCCUUAUCCUCGGCACGCUAACCAUGGCCACGCUGCCGCACUACUUCUCCUGCACGGAUCCGCCAUUGUCAACUCCACCUGACGCGGAGGCCCGACGUCUCAGCUCGGAGACAGAACAAUCCAAUGACUUCAAUCGCUGA